UUCCCCCUCGUUGUUUCUCACAGGGGGAGUUGAUACUGAGAUUGCUUCGGCCGAUGGGGGCUCGGUGAUGUUUCCCGGGGUGGGUGCCGAUCGACGGAGCGGCGUGGCGGUUUUCCAGUGGAAGAAGGCCGGGAAGGGAAGCGCGAUGAAGCCCGUGCUACAGUUUCACUCGGGAUCCCGGGAACCAGCUGUGAUCCGGAGUUACAUGGGACGCCUCACUUUCUUCCCACACAACGGGUCGAUGGCCUUCCAUAACCUCACCAAACAAGACGCUGGACUCUACCAACUCUACAUCAAUCUGCAGAAGGAUGCCAUCCAAUCUGUCAGGCUGACAGUCAUGGACAGGCUGAGCGAGGUGUCGGUGUGGAGUAACUCCAGCUCUCUGGGUUCUGCCGUCCAGCUCAGCUGCACUGUGGUUGGGAAUCCUCACGUGUACCAGUGGCGGAAAGAUGGAGGUGGCAUAUCCCGACAUCAUCAACUCAUGAACGGGAACACGCACCUCAUCAUCCCGGGGGCUUCCAGCAUCGACUGUGGGACUUACACCUGCAUCGCGAGCAACCCCGUCAGCUCCGCCCAGGAAAACCUCACCCUGACAAUCUACGGUGUUCCCGCAAAGCAGAUUGUGGGCAUGAUGGUUUGGGCAUCGGGACUGUUGUAUUCUGGUUUGUCCCUUAUUGGCUCGAUAUUUCUGUGUGUCUAUAAGUGUGCGCCGAAAACAGAAUCUCGGAAUAUAUUAUUUCACCUCCUGACAUGGCUCUCCAGUUGGAAUACACCAUCUCUUGUCAUCAUCCACAUUGCCCUCAUUUCCUGGAUCGUUAUUAAAGGUACAUUCACUGUAAUAACAGGGUCUUUGUACAUUGUGUCUGCCCUGUUCUUGACCAUAAUGGCACUGAUGACCAUUCCGAAGUUGCAGCAUCCCAGUGUUUUAAACUGUGUCGAGUUGACAGGUUUCAAGAUUUUACUGGAAUUUAGUCAAACCAUUGUGAUCCCAACUUCAAUCAUUGAGUUGAAGGAAACAUUUGGACAGAUGAGUCAAGGUUGCCACAGCCGCUAUCUAAGCUGGGGUACAUUCCUUGCAGUAACCACUGUAGGAGCGAUGAUCUUCUCAAUCUACAUUGUGGCACGACAUCGAGAUGAUUGUCGACUUCAGGAGGGCGCAGCCAAAACACACACACCUCAACAUCAGUGGCACCACAGUGGAGAGAGUGGAGAGCAUAAAGUUCCUCGGAGUGCAAAUUACAGACAGUCUCACCUGGUCCAGGAACAACACUGGGAUUGUCAAAUGGUCCCAUCAGCGAUUGCACUACCUGAGGAAACUCAAACAGGCCUCACUUCCCACCAACAACCGCAGGACAUUUUACAGGGACAGGGUGGGGUCUGUACUCGCGUACUGCAUUAACACGUGGUACUCCAACUGCAACUGCUCGAACAGGAAGGCUCUGCAGAGGGUAGUGAGGGGAGCAGAGAGGAUCAUUGGCGUCUCCCUACCCUCGGUACAAGAACUGUUCCUGAGCCGCUGUCUGAAAAAACCUCUGAGAAUUGCUAAGGACAAACUGCACCCCCUCCACACACACACCUGGAUCUCCUGCCAUCAGGCAAGAGAUACCGUAGCAUUAAAGCCCGGACUACCAGACUGCUAAACAGCUUCCUGCUACAGGCUGUGAGGCUGCACAACAGUCACCCCACCUGAUUCUGCUGCUUUGCACUGACAAUUUAAUAACUCUGGCACUGGCCACUCAAAUCAGCUGCCCUGGACAUUUUAAUGACUGUUUUUACUGUAUUUUAUUGUUGCUGUUUUACCUGCUUUUAACUAUACUGUUUCAUCGGGGAGUGGAUUGUUUUUACUGUUAUUAUGUGUGAAAUGUUUAAGUGUUUUCAUGUGCGAUGCUCCGGUAUUCCCUAGGAAACGCCUUCUCAUUUUGCACUGUACAACUGUUGCUUUGCAAGAUGACAAUAAAGGUUGAUUGAUUGAUUGAUUGAUUGAUCAUCGUUACUUUUUUGCACAUCUUUCAUUCAUUCAUUCUCUAUCUCUCUACAUCACCAUCGAUAUCUCUCGUUUCCCUUCCCCCUGACUCUCAGUCUGCUGAAGGGUCUUGGCCUGAAACGUCACCCAUUCCUUCUCUCCAGGGAUGCUGCCUGAGUUACUCCAGCAUUUUGUGUCCACCUUCAAUACUCAGUACCCUGACUGAUGAAGGCCAGUCUAUCAAAGGCCUUCUAUACCACCUUAUGUACCUAUGACACCAUAUUCAAGCAAUUUGAUGCCUGUAUUCCUAGAUCAGCAUCUGCACUUCACGCUGCCUCGGCAAGGCCAGCAGCAUCAUCAAGGACCAGUCUCACCCCGGUCACUCCUUCUUCUCCCCUCUCCCAUCAGGCAAGAGGUACAGAAAUGAGAAAACACACAUCUCCAGAUUCAGGGACAGUUUCUUCCCAGCUGUUAUCAGAUAAUGGAACCGUCCUCUCACCAACUAGAGAGCAGUCCAGACCUCCCAUCUACCUCAUUGGUGAUCCGCGGACUAUCUUUAAUCAAACUUUUUUCUUAUUUUAUUUUUUAAU